UCCGCGUUCGCCCGCACCGCGCGCCUCGCUCGCCCACUUGACCCUUCGACUCGCGCGCUCCCAAAUUUCCCCGCCCGCCGCGCCGCCCCGAUCGACCGCUUCGCCUCCGCCGCCACUCCCCUCCGGCGGUCCCCGCCGGCAUGAACUCCACCUCAUCCGGCCGCCGCGCCCCGUCGACGGCGGCGGCCGCCUCGUCGCCGGGCCAGAAGCGGGCGCGGGACGAGGCCAGCGGCGGGUCCCCUUCCGACCCCGCCAAAAACCCUCGCCGCGCCUUCGCCUCCUCCCCGUUCGCCGACUUCGGCAGCUACAUGGCCGCGAAGAACAGCAAGCUCGCCGCGCAGUUCGACGCCGACGCCUCCACCUCCGGCGCGGCCACAGGCGGGCUGUUCGCGGGCGUCUCCAUCUUCGUCGACGGCUUCACCAUCCCUUCUAGCCAGGAACUGAAGGAGAUUAUGCUGAACAAUGGCGGCCGGUUUGUUAAUUACUUCUCUAGGCACACGGUGACACACAUUGUUUGCAGCAACCUGCCUGAUAGCAAAAUGAAGAAUUUGAGAGCAUUCAGCAAGGGACUUCCAGUUGUGAAGCCGGCAUGGGUGGUGGAUUCUCUUGCAGAGAACCGGAUCCUCAACUGUGCUCCAUAUCAAAUAAGUCAGAAUAGUUCUUCAAGCCGAAAGCAAAUGAAGCUUUCUGCUUUCUUUUCCGAGAAACAAAAUGAAAUGCGUCACCUGGGGGAGCAAAACAAUCAAAAUAAGGACAUUGAGUUCCAAUCUUCAUCUGCUCAGGAGGGAUCACAGUAUCAAAGUGGGAGUUGUGAAAGUGAAGUUUCAUUGGAUAAUGUGGAGUUAUCAAAUGAUUCGUUAUCCUCAGAUGAACUGAAGGCAUCAACCUUUGAAGAAAGAGAGAGUGGAGAUUUUGCCGUUGAUGAGGGUGAGUAUGAUUGUGAAAGUGCAUGUUCAGAGAGGAGGGUUAAUGACAUGGAUGGUAAAUGUGGUGUGGCUCAGUCCCCUGAUGCUAAGUCAAGGUGUUCAAACUUAUGCAGUACAAGCUCUACAGGCAGCCAUUUGUCCUCGCCAUUGGAGAAAAGUGCAGCUAAACCUUCUAGUCGGCCACAUUCAACCCUUACAGACCCAAAUUUUGUUGAGAAUUAUUUUAAGUACUCUCGACUGCACUUCAUUGGGACAUGGAGGAAUCGGUAUAGAAAGCGCUUCUCAAAUUUACUAGAAGCUAAAAGCAUCAAGUCGAAUGCUGAUCAUUCAGGGAAUAAGAAAACAAUCAUUCAUAUUGAUAUGGAUUGCUUUUUCGUGUCUGUCGUCAUCAGAAAUGUGCCAGAUCUGCAUGAUAAACCGGUAGCAGUUUGCCAUUCGGACAAUCCUAAAGGAACAGCAGAAAUAUCAUCUGCAAAUUAUCCGGCACGAAAUUAUGGGAUAAAGGCUGGCAUGUUUGUUAGAGAUGCUAAAGCUCGGUGUCCUCACCUAAAGAUUGUUCCAUAUAAAUUUGAUGCAUAUGAGGAGGUUGCUGAUCAGUUCUAUGGAAUUUUGCACAAACAUUGCAGCAAGGUCCAGGCUUUGAGCUGUGAUGAAGCCUUUUUGGAUAUGACUGAUUGCUUGCAUGAUGAUCCUGAGGAAGUAACACGGAGAAUCAGAAGUGAGAUAUUUGAUGCAACAAAGUGUACUGCUAGUGCAGGUAUUGCUGAAAACAUGCUCCUAGCUCGGUUAGCUACCAGAUCAGCAAAACCGAAUGGACAAUGCUUUAUUCCCUCUGAGAAGGCUGAUGAUUAUUUAAGCAGUCUCUGUAUCAAAGCACUUCCUGGCGUUGGUCAUACAGUUUCAGCUAAACUGAAAAGCAAAGAAAUUGAAUAUUGUGGUCAACUUCGCAACAUUUCAAAGGGUGCCCUCCACAAGGACUUCGGAAAAAAAAUUGGUGAUCUUUUAUGGAACUGUUGCAGAGGAAUUGAUCAUUCAGUUGUUGGUUCUGUUCAGGAAACAAAAUCUGUGGGUGCUGAAAUCAACUGGGGAGUCAGAUUUAACGACAACAAAGAUGCUGAGCAUUUUCUUACCAACCUCUGCAAGGAGGUUUCUCUACGCUUACAGGGCUGUGGAGUUCAGGGACGUACUAUUACCCUUAAGGUGAAAACAAGAAGGGAAGGUGCUGGAGAGCCAAUAAAGUAUAUGGGAUGUGGUGACUGUGAAACCACGAGUCGCUCCAUGACGAUUGCAGGUGCAACCGACAGUUUUGUCACUCUCCAGAGAAUUGCAAAACAAUUGUUUUCAGCUCUUCACCUUGACGUGAAGGAAGUUCGUGGAGUUGGAUUGGCAAUGUCAAAGCUUGAGCAUGCAGAUUUAGCUCGGGGAGCACCACAAGGGAAUAUGCUUGAAUCAUGGCUUGCUUCACCAGCUGCAAAACUCAAGAAACGCCGCGAUGAGAUGCCAGGGAAUGUUGAUGUUGCAGGGACAAGCGUACAGCAGGAUUUGAGAAGAUCUGGACCAUUAUCUAUUGGUGCGACAUCUCAGUCAUCAGAAAGGAACCUUAGAAGUGAUAGGUCUACCGGAGUUCAUAAUGUCGAGCUACCACCAUUAUCCCAACUUGAUCUGGAGGUCCUGAAGAACCUUCCUCCAGAAAUAAUGUCUGAAAUGAAUGACAUGUACAAGGGCGAAUUGCAAGGUCUACUGGACACCCUCAAUAGUGAUAAGGGCAAGGAAAGUAGUUCAAAGUCUCUUUCUUUGCCAGCAGUUACUCAGAACUCUGUACCUGCUGGUGAUGCAAAGCUUCAAGGAUACAGAGAUCACAAAGACUCCAUGCAUUUAGAGGAAGAUACUAAGGUAAAAUCUGACAAACAGCUAUCAGAAGUUAAAGCAGCCAAUGAUGCUUCAUGCUCAAGAGCUUGUGAAUUAGUUGAGAAAACAAAAUGUGUUACACAGCUUGAUUUGAUGCCUGAUUCUCUAAGCCAGGCAGAUUUCGCAGUUCUGCAGGAAUUACCUGAGGAUGUGAAGGCUGAUUUGUUUAGCGCGCUUCCAUUACAUAGACCAGGAGAUCCUACAUGCAGCACUUCCAAUGUUUCUGAAAGUAAACCUCCUAAUGUCGGUGGAGCUGAAAAUAGAUCUCUCAAUGAUGGUGGAGCUGAAAAUAGAUCUCUCAAUGAUGGUGGAGCUGAUGAUCCAAGAGACCGAAGUAUUUUUGUCCCACCAGGAAGCUUUCAAAAAUGGAUUGAACAGUUUAGAGUUAGCAGUUGCUUGAUUCUGAAUGUAAUUGCAGAGCAACACACAGAUUCGAUCUGUAGCCGACCAUUAUCGGCUGUUUUGGAGCCUUUAGCUUCGUUCCUAUCUUUGUGUCCAGACUCAGGUAGUGAAGAAUGGAAUGAAACACUUUCCUGUCUAUCCGAGCUUCUUAGACAGUAUAUACAACUGAAGGUUGAAACUGACAUUGAAGAGCUCUACAAAUGUUUUUGCCUUAUGAAAAGGUUCGCGUCAGCAUCGGAGUUCUUUCUAGAACUACAUGAUAGUAUUCUUCCUUUUCUACAGGAUUCCGUCAGCCAGCAUUAUGGCGGGACACUGCAUUUCUAGGUCGGUGCUCAAGUUCAAGCCAUUUUGCUGUAUGAAGAUGCAAUGCCGUAGAAUUAGUAUGCCGUCGUGACCCUUUUGGCCUGUCAGUUAUCGUUCCAUUGCAAAGACAAACUACAGUGCUGGCAGAUUCCUUUUGGACGGACAUGUAAUUAUUUCUCGUAAAAGGACAACUGACAUGCUGAGAUUUGAUGAUAUAACCACAACAUUUUAAAAGUCC